AUGCGCUGGGCGCCCCCCUCCUGCGCCCCGGUCCCCCAGCUCUGCCCCUGCGGCUCUCUCUUCAGAUCGGACAUGGCUCGGGAGCCCAGGCCCAGCGCUGCCCGGCGGGGCCGGAAGAGGCCAUGGGGCACAGCCGUCUCCCGCCGCAGCUACAGCCUGGACUACCAGCUACACCGGGAAGAUGGCGCCUGCAGGGUGUACCAACACCAGGGGGUCCCUCCUCUCCUCCACCGUGUGCCUGUCAGGAUCCGGAGGGCCCACCUGGGCACGGGGGCCAAGGGCCGCUUCAGUCCCCACAGGGCCCCCAGGAAGAGCCAGCUGCCCCCCGAGACAAAGCUCCAGACCGAGGAGCUGCACCGCCUCAGGGCCGAGCUGAGCCACAUCAAGGCCCAGGUGGACCGCCUGCUGCAGCGCGUGGAGCUCAUGGAACAGCGGAGGGACCAGCUUCCAGGGACAGAGGUCUGUGAACCGAACAGGGGCUCUGGGAGUCAGGGGUCCUUAUGCAGAACCACCGAACCGAGGCAGGAGCCCAGAGGCCCGAGGGCCCUUCUGGAGGCGGACGGCUCCCAGGAGCACACAGACCCGGAGGACGCGGUCAAGAAUCAGGCAUCAGACCAGGAGGGCUGUCAGUAG